CAUUGAUGAACAUUGUGUGGCUGUUUGUUUUUAUUAAUUAAUGCAUUGUGUUAAUUGUUAUAAUAAUGACACAUUGUGCAGUGAAACGACUGAUAAAAAACGCCGGCAUUAAGAAAACUUCGCUUUUUAGACAAGUGUGGCACAUGUCAGCCGUAUUCUUCAGUAUCCUGAGCACGGGGAUGCUGCAAUAUCCCACACCACAAACGUUACGCACAGAAGACAACAACAACACAUCUCUAUUAGGGUACUAUAGUAUAGCCACCGUAGCCGGCACUGUUGCUUCAUCCAUCUUGAUGGACCAAGUGGGCAGAAGACUGACCUUCAUCCUGGGAACAUUGCCGGGGAUCUUCAGCUGCAUCACGAUCGCCUUCCCAGAUGCCUCCAGGGUCAACACCAUAAGAGCCACACUGAGUGGGCUUUUGUCAGGGUACACAGUUAUCUUAGGGACAGUCAUAAUCAGCGAAUACACAUCACCGAAAUACAGAGCAGUGUUCCUGAAUCUCAUAACAGCAUCUAUGAACAUUGGAACCACGGUGGGUCAUAUCCUGCGCCCAAAUUACCAGAUUUUGUGGACUGCUUUAUUCCUGAAAAUAUUAUCCUUUGGGAUCUGUAUGACUUGGCCAGAAAGCCCGUACUGGCUGGCGUUGAAAGAUCAUGAAGAAAAUACGACAGGAGAUCAUAAUUUGAUCUUCAUUGAGGGUAGAAAAGAGCUGAAGACCACUUCAAAGAACGCUUUGAUGAAGAUACGAAACAACUUAACUAUUGGAAUGGUAGUGAACAUAAUAAAGAAGUAUUCCAGCAAAGAAUUCCUAAGACCGAUAACUGUAGUCGUUUUUGGGAUAAUCCUCAUGGAAUCAUCAGGGAAGAAUUGGGCACCAGCAUCAUUGAUAGAAACGACGACAAUGUUAAAAGUAAACUACAAUACACAUCAAAUAAAUUCUAGCAUUAUAAUCUCUGUCAUGUCAAUAGUCGCAUUGUUUUUUGUUCCCAUUUUAGGACAUAGAACUCAAUUGUUGAUUACAGGGUGCCUUUCCGCUGCUACUUUACUGCUAACUAGUGUAUGUGUGUUUUUAAUGAAUAACAAUUAUGUUGGCGUUAAAAACACAUGGUUAAGUUCAUUAUUUAUUUUGCAGUUAAUGUUUUCUAACUCAGGAAGCACAUCGAUCCCUUUAGCAUUGAUAGGGGAGGUUUUCCAUAUGCAUUUUAAAGCAGCUGGGACUUUAUUAUCAGGGGUGUUAAUAUCUGUUUCUUCAUUAUUAGUAAUAAAAUCUACUCCAUAUUUAUUAUCAGUGGUACACUUGGAGGGAGUUUUAAUAAUAUUCGCGACAAUAAUGAUAGUUUCGCUUUUAGUGAUGUACGUAAUUUUACCUGAGACUAAAAAUAAAACGUUGUCAGAGAUAGAAAACUGUUUUAGCAAUUGUUCUAAUGAAAAUCAAAGAUAUGAUCGAGAAUUACAGUUUAUCGUAAAUAGAAAGGCUAAAAUUCCUUUUUUAUAACGUCAACUGAACCUGUGUAACCUAGUUUUUAGUUUUUUUAUAUAAUUUGCAUUAUUAAACAAAUUGAAUGUUGUUACGUAUUAAUUAGUAAGCAAAGUAAAUAAAGCAGUAUUUUUAUGCAUUGUAUAAGUAAAAUAUAAUGUUAC